CAGCCCAAAUAGCCAUAAAAUACAAAUCGAAUAAAGAAGAAGGUAGGCCCAUCCAAAAUCUGGUUUAUAGCUUCUGCUAUUGUAUUUCAGAGAUCUUAUCUUCCAGUUGUAUGGCGAGUAAAGAGGAUCAGAGCGUGAAUGGCAAUGCAAACCUCAUACCUCAUCUUCACGUACGGAACGCUCAAGCGCGGCUUCCCAAACCACGCUAUAAUGGCGAACCUAAUCCGAUCCGGCGACGUCACGUUCCGCGGCGAGUACACCACCGUCGACGCCUACCCGCUCGUCUGCGGACCCUACGGGAUCCCGUACCUGAUAAAUCUUCCCGGAUCGGGCGUCCGGAUCAAGGGCGAGCUCUACGCGGUGACGGAUAGCGGCAUCGUCCCCAUGGACGACCUGGAAGGGGUCGAGGCUGGCCAUUACGAGAGGCUCCCGCUGAAACUCACGGCCGGCGACGGCGGUGGCCCCGAGGGCACGGUGGCGGCGGAGGCGUACUUUGCGCACAGGAGCUUCGGCGAGGAGCUGUGGAAGAGGUGCGGAGGAGUCGGGAUCGGAGAUUUCACGACGGAAAUGUCGAGCAAGUACCAAAUAAAGGAAGAGAGACCUCAGGAUUUCAAUUUUCUGAAAGAUCUCGAGCUUUUCAUUUCUGGUGUUGAAUAAAACACUUUUUCAAUUCUCUCAUUUCCAUUUGAUAUGACUACUGUAUGAACAAUGUACACAGAGUAUUCAAUCAAUAUCAAUCCUCAUUUGUAACUGUUUACACUCCCGGAUGUGGGUUCGAGGCUCGGUGAAGCAACUGUUGACUCUUUAUGCUUCAGUAGGUUGAGAAAGUAACUAUGAAUGCUAGCAACCAACUAUUUUGUGUAAUAGCAUAUUUACUUAUUUGAAGAAUCCAUAACACUUUAUAAUUCAA